AUGGAAAAUUUCUAUGAAGAGGUUCAAGAGCCAGUGAGUCCUCCAGGACAAUAUUUCAACAGCUCAGUGUUUUGUUCCUAUGUUUUUAGCUUUCUGGAAACAGCAAUUCCAAUUGAUGAGUCACCAGCUAUAACUUUGCUGAAAGAUGUCUUCCUCCCUAUAAACCCACGCUUCUCCUCUAUCAUGGUCAGAGGCAGAGAUGGUAAAAUGAGAUGGAAACGGGUUGAAGUGAAGCCUGCAGAGCAUGUAAAGAUUCCAAUAUUUCCUGACAAAACUUCAUCUGAAUUAUAUGACCAAUAUCUUAGUGACUAUGUGUCAAGGAUUCUAACAGAAAGAACACCUCAAAACAAACCACUGUGGGAAAUCCAUAUGAUCAAGUAUCCAACAAUUAAUGCUGCUGGCACCAUAAUUUUCAAACUUCAUCAUGCGCUUGGAGAUGGUUAUUCCCUCAUGAGUGCUCUUCUUUCUUGUUUACAAAGAGCUGAUGACCCUUCUCUUCCACUAUCUUUACCUUCAAGAGCACUAUCACAUUCACAAUAUGCAAAGAAAAGCUUGUUUAAGAAGUUACCUUCAGAUAUCUCCUCCUUUUGUAGCUCCAUAUCAGAUUUUGGGUCCAGCUUAAUGAAGGCAAAAAUGACUAAAGAUGACAUAACACCCAUAAGGUCUGGAUAUGAAGGAACUGAUUCUCAGCCUUUUACCUUGUCAAACAUAUCAUUAUCUCUUGAUCAUAUCAAAGGAAUCAAGUCAAAGCUUGGAGUGGUAAGAUUAGCUAGGUCAUGCUACGUUAAUUUUGUCAACAGAUUAAACUAG